AAACAACAGCAUUCGAGGAACGUAAAUCUGACAGAUUACAUUGAAAUAUUUUUCUUUCUUAUCUUAAUGAAAUGGAGGAAACGUUCCUGAAGCAAAACUUGUUAGAGAAGAAGAUUGUAAUUAUUCUGAGUACCAUUGAGAAUGUUAUCAGAAGAGACGACGUCUAUGUAUCAUUCGUAGUAGAGCACACUGACAACAUUUUGGGAGAAUGUUCACCGAUAUUCAUCAGAGCAACUUGCGAAGAAGAAUCAGCAGUAUACGAUAUUAAUUUAGUCAGCUAUCUGUCAAUUACUGAAGACGACAGAGACAGCCUGGACACAAUUGUUUCAACUCCAAUAUUAAUAAAAGCAUUUUGUGACACAAGCCAUGAACAAGAAGAAUAUCCAACAGAUGCAGAGAAUGGAAAAAAGGACAGAUCAAUAUUCACCACAGGAUCAAGCUCUCCCAAAUGGGAAUUACUAGGCAUCUGUAAUCUCGAUCUAAUGCCUCUGAUACUAGGGGAACGAAGCUACACAGAGAAACUAGUAUUGGAAACUCCAACAUUCUCUUAUGAUGGAUCGCUGGUGUCCUGGCAGAAUCUUCCACUUCUGAUAGCAACAAUAUCUCUGGAUUGUGAACCAUUGUUUCAGCACAUUGAAGCGAAUUUUCUGAAUAUUACUGUGGAAAGUGUAUACAAUCUACCAGAAAAUUUCACACAGAACUCUGAGUACAAAGCUGGUACCAUAGUGUACAGUGAUUCAGAGGUCCCAGAAAAUUUAUUUUUCGAGCACGGUGUAUGGACGACGUACAGAGACGUGGAGAGGACGAAACGUUGGAACACCUUGGCUAAUUUGGAGAACCGUGCACGGUUGUCGAAGUACAAAUUGGACUGUGACUAUCAGGGACUGAAGAAUUCGUUUAAGGAUCAAAUAAAUUUUGAGGAAAAAGUAUGCGAAGAUACGCCACGGAUUGAAUGGAACGCUGUACACCGAUGCAUAAUGUGGGAAAUGGGAAUCGAAGCAAUGAAAAAUCAUAUUAGAAAGUACAAAUUUUGGCCUUUCCAAUUCAUGGUGGUGGAUAGAAAUACUCCAGAGAAAUCAAAAGGAAGCAGUGCACCAACAGUUGAAUUGUAUCAGUGUUACGUCGACCUUUCUGAGCUUCUUUUCCCAGGAAAGACAAGUUGCCGAGUUGUUGGACAAUUGUACACGUACAAUGCUGCAGAUAUAACUGCAAUUAUUGGUGUUGAAAACAAUAUUUUUAUUCUGGAAACACAAAGUAAGGAAGUGAAAGGCAAGGAGAAGAGACAUAAAACCUCAAAACAUUCGAUUUUGAGUUCUGAGUCUGAGACGCCCCUGAAUACAGCAUUAACUUCGAUUAACGAACAAGCGACUGUGAUCGUGAUUGAAGUGGAACUUCAUCAACCCCUAAUCCCCUGUAAUAUUUCAUCAGAGUUUUCAUACUUAAUCAACGAUUUGAUUCCAAAAAGGACGAAAAAGAAGCUGUACGCGUACUCCGGUGACGUAGCAGAGAAACAAUACAUGAAUUGUAUCAAAAAAUUGGUCGAAGUUCUCACAGAAAGUUAUCGAGAUUUUUGCGAUGAAAAUAAGAAGAGCAACGAAGAAAAGAAAAAGAAAUACUGUUACGACCCUAAAUCAGAUGAACUAACAUGUUUCACGCAAUACCUCUACAGAACCGGCACAUACUUAGCACUGCGUAACACGUUAAGAUCAAAAAUCAUACUGCUGCUGGAUCAAAGAUUCAAGAUACCAUCGAAUCUGAUCAACAAUUCUGAAACUCAGAACUUCAUUGCAUCGGUGUACACGUAUUUGGUGGAACAGAUGCACGUGGCGAUAAAUACCGUUGUUGAAGGCAGAUGCACGGACGAUUUCUCAAAAACUUUGAACGUAGAAGUGUUAGAUUUAUUUGCUGAAGAAGCUUAUGAGCUUGGAAACCUCGACAAAGCAAGACACUAUUAUAGAACUGCAGUAGCAGAGUCUAAGAAUGAUCCGGUGCUAUGGACAAAAUAUGCAAUUUUCCUUAAAAAAAUUGGUGACGUUGAACGUGCGAAACAUUGUUGCUUAGAGGCAAUUUCGUUAGACAGACGAUAUGUAUUAGCAUUAUUACUUUAUGCGGCGAUAUUAUUUGAAGAUAAAAGGUAUAAAGAGGCAGAGAUAUUUUUAAUGGCCAUUACUGAUUUUCAUCCAAGAUUCUUUGAAGGCUGGCUUAUUUUGCAUCUGUUUUACAUACGAACUGAAUAUUACCCAGGAAUAGAUCUUACGUUUCGUGUAGCAGAAAAGUGUAUGAAAGACAAGGUUCAUCCAAUAAAGCUUCCUAAUGAACCAUUCGCUUGGUCCACCAUUCACUGUCCAAAUGAUAAUUUGUAUAUGAACACUGCAGUAUUUUUACUAAAACUACAUCUCUGUGAGUUUGCAGGAAUUGCAUUGGCAGAAGAAAUGUCUCAAUCUGAUCAGUCAUUACACUUUUUAUAUUAUAUGGCAGUGGAGCAUUAUUUGUCUAAUAGAUAUGAAGAUGCAAUUUCUCAUUUAAAUAAAAUCAAAUGCAGUUAUGGAAUGGAUUACUCAAUCAGUAGUUUAAUGGGCCAUUGCUAUUUUAAAAUAGAUGACAAUGAAAAAGCUAUAGAAUGUUAUGAAUUUGCACGUAUGUUAUUUGACAGACCCACGGAUCUGCAUUUGGUAGAAGUUAGAUUAGGAUACUAUUAUUAUGAUAAUGGUGAUUAUGAACGUGCAAGAAAUAUAUUUCUAAGUGCGUGCAAGUCCUCACCGACUUCGCAAACUUGGCUAGGUGCUGGCUUAAGUUACUAUGAGCUUAAAGAGUUUACAGAAGCAGAGACAGCCCUGUCCGAAGCAAAUAGAAUUGACAAUUUGAAUCCAGAUAUAUGGGGCUGUUUAUGCCUGUUAAAUAUAACUCUUAGAAGAUAUGACGAAUUUUGCCAAUGUUACAGGGAAAUGGUGAAAAAUAAUCUUAAAAAUAGAAAACUGUGGCUGAGAAUAACAAACGCGAUGGAGGCUGUGGAUUAUGCACCACCAAUUUUGGUAACAGAACAUCAUGACCUUAUCGAAAAUUACAGCGAAGAAGCAUUCGAGGAACAGUUUUAAAACGGUAAUGGCACUGGAUACAAAACAAAGAGGACACAUGGAGAACUGUUAAUUAGCAUAAAAUAAAAAUCAUGAUGGCACCUGAUCAAUAAACGAAACAAGUCGUUAAACAAAAAAAUUCCACAAUUGUUCUGAUACCAACGAAAUAAAUUUUACAUGUAGCCAUUUCAUACCAUUUAUACCACACUGAUGAAAAUUAAACAUACGUAUUCGCAUUAUUGCAUUCGAUUCUGUAUAAGGGCAAAUUUAUACUUUAGAUAUUAAUUAAAUAAUCACAUGGUGGCGCAGUUUUUGUGUACUAACCAAAUGUUACCUCAUGUCGUCAAUAAAAAAUAAAAUGUAAGCAAAAAGUUAACAAAAAUAUCGCAUCAUGAGAGAAAGAGAAAAAAAAGGAAAUGAGCAAUAAAUAAUAUUUUAGUAAAAAGGUGUAAAUAAAUAUAUUUAUAUAUAAACUAUAAAGUAACGUAACAUUGCUUCUCGACUAAGGUCAAAUAAAUAUAGUGUGUUGUUUCAAUCUUUAUGAUAUUUAAACUGACCGUUGUUUCUGAAACAACGGUUCACGAAAUAUCGUUUCUUCUUCAAAUCAUUUAAAUGAUGUACACAUAUAUAUAUAUAUCAAUCUCUAAUAUAUAGCUAACAGCUAUUGCCAAUU